AUGGACAGGCUUGAGUGCAAGGGAGCACCCCCAUUCCCUGGGGCGCCUGGCCCCUGGCUGCGCAGACCCCUUUUCAGUCUGGAUUUAUCAGAACAGGAUUCAUUCCCUCCCUGCACUGGGCCACUGGAGGUUCCAGCCGACAGCCAUGUGUUUGUGCAGGCAGCCUUGGCCUGUCCUUCACCGAGAUGGGACCUGGCCCUGCACCGCUGCUCAGUAACACCCUCACGCCCGGCCCUGGGGCCUGCUCUGGUGCUUCUACGUGGGGGCUGCCCUGCUGACGCCUCUGUCAACUUCUCACCACCUCCACAUCCGGAUGCUGCUCGCCCCACACGCUUCAGCUUCCGCCUGCGCCCGGUAUUCAGCGCCUCAGUGCAGUUCCUGCACUGCCAGAUAAGCCGCUGCCGUCGCAGCCACCGCCACCGAGCUCUCCACCAGACACCGACGCCUCUUACCCCGCCAUAGCCGUCGCAGUGUCUGCCUCAAGAUGAGGCAUGCGCGGGCAGAGGUGAGAGCCUUGGUACCGACAGCCCCCACCUGCACACUCUGACGCAGCCCAUCGUGGCCACAGUACCUCAUCCACCCCCUAGGCCGUUUAAGAGCCUCCUCGGCAGGGCCGUGCGUCCAGAGCCGCCCGCUCCAGCCGCUGCAGCCCUGGAGUCCGCACCAGUGGUGGCGUUGGUGUUGGCCGCAUUCGUGCUGGGUGCUGCGCUGGCCGCUGGGCUCGGUCUCGUCUGCGCGCACUCAGCACCCCACCCCACCCGCCAGCCUCCUAGAGCUUCACCCGGCGGCCCCCAGAUCCAGAGGCCCUAGUAGGCAGGUAAGUACAGGGUGCGAAGGAGGUGGUGGUAAGGAUCCUUCAUAGAGUUUACCCAUUGGGCUCCAAGUAGCUUGUAUGUUUA